AAGAAGAGAAAGAGAAUCAGUUAAAGACCAGAGUUGGUGAACGAGAAGAUGAACUGAAAACAAGCAAAGAAGAACUGGAAAAGGCAAAAGACGAGAUCAAUAAACUGACCGAAACAAAUGAAAGAACAAGAACAGAGAGAGAAUCAGUUAAAGACCAGAGUUGGUGAACGAGAAGAUGAACUGAAAACAUGCAAAGAAGAACUGGAAAAGGCAAAAGAAAACAAUUUUAGCCUGACAGAGAAAAUAGAAGAACAAGAAAAGAAAGAGAAAGAUUUCAUCUCCACACUGAGAAAUGAAAGAGACGAGAUCAAUAAACUGAUCGAACAAAUAAAACAACAAGAACAGAAAGAGAAUCAGUUAAAGUUCACACUUGGUGAAAUAGAAAAGAAAAUCAAUAAGUGGAAAAAGAAACUUAAAAAAUGCAAAGUAGAACUGGAAAAGGAAAAAGACGAGAUCAAUAAACUGACCGAACAAAUGAAAGAACAAGAACAGAGAGAGAAUCAGUUAAAGACCAGAGUUGGUGAACGAGAAGAUGAACUGAAAACAUGCAAAGAAGAACUGGAAAAGGCAAAAGACGAGAUCAAUAAACUGACCGAACAAAUGAAACAACAAGAACAGAAAGAGAAUCAGUUAAAGUUCACACUUGGUGAAAUAGAAAAGAAAAUCAAUAAGUGGAAAAAGGAUCUUGAAGAAUGGAAAGAUGAACUGGAAAAGGAAAAAGUAAAGAAUUUUAGCCUGACAGAGAAAAUAGAAGAACAAGAAAAGAAAGAGAAAGAUUUCAUCUCCACACUGAGAAAUGAAAGAGACGAGAUCAAUAAACUGACCGAACAAAUGAAACAACAAGAACAGAAAGAGAAUCAGUUAAAGUUCACACUUGGUGAAAGAGAGAAAGAAAUCAAUAAGUGGAAAAAGGAACAUGAAGAAUGCAAAGAAGAACUGGAAAAGGCAAAAGACAAAAUCAAUAAACUGACCGAACAAAUGAAAGAACAAGAAGAGAAAGAGAAUCAGUUAAAGACCAGAGUUGGUGAACGAGAAGAUGAACUGAAAACAAGCAAAGAAGAACUGGAAAAGGCAAAAGACGAGAUCAAUAAACUGAUCGAACAAAUGAAAGAACAAGAACAGAGAGAGAAUCAGUUAAAGUUCACACUUUGUGAAAUAUACAAGGAAAUCAAUAAGUGGAAAAAGGAUCUUGAAGAAUGCAAAGAAGAACUGGAAAAGGAAAAAGAGGAGAACCAGAAGCUGCAGAACAAAGUCAAGACUGAACUGGAGAAGCAGAAAGAUCAGCUGCUGCAAAAACUCAAAGACGUUGAGACUAAGAGGAAGGAAAACAAAGAGGAAGUUCAGAGAGUGGAUAAAAAAAUAACUGAGAGGAAAAACUCUGAUGAUGAUGAUGAUGAUGAUGAUGAUGUUUUAUUAGGAGAAAAAGAAAAACUGUUAAAGUCCCAGUGGAAACUGGAUGAGGAGAAGAAACUUUAUGAAAGACAGAUACUGACCAUAGAGAAAGCUUUGGAACCUAUAGAGAUACAUAUGAUGAGAACAAUGGAGAAAAACAAGAAUAGCGGUGAGUCACAGCAGACGGAUUCGGUCACAGUAACGGCCGGUGAGGUCGCGGUUCUGCCGCUUUUCCUGAAUCCUCCUAAAGAUGCGACUAAGAUGACAGUGGAGUGGGGAAGACCCGACCUGAAACCCAGAUUUGUGUUUGUGAAUCUCGAUGGCUCCGUCUCCUCACCUGCGGUCAGUUUAUCUGGACUGGAUGUGAGCAGCAGUGGAGUGAUGCUGGACUGCAGCGCUGCAGGCUGGUAUCCAGAACCUGAGCUGCUCUGGCUGGACGCAGACGGAAACAUCAUGUCUGCUGGACCUGCAGAGAAAAGCUCCGAUCCUGAUGGCGUUUACACCGUUAGCAGCAGAGUGACUGUAGAGAAGAGAAACUACAACAACUUUACCUGCAGAGUCCAGCAGAGAGACAUCAACCAGAGCAGAGAGACACACAUUCAUGUUCCAGAGACGCUGAGCGCCCGGCUCUUCUCCCCCAGGCCGUUUUCACACCAGUACUCCCCGCUGUGUUUCUCCAGAGCCGGUUUAACGGUGCAGGACGGAGCUGACGUCAGCAUCAUCCAUCAGCUCACACUGAACAGUGAACGACUCGUACUCAAAGAACUGAAGCCUCCUUGGAAAAAUUUCAUAAAGAACAAAGGAGACGACGCAUUCAGGAAGGUGAUCUUUCUUUUCUCCAGUGUAAAUUCUUCUACUUUACUUCUUAAUGCGUUAACUUUGUUUCCUUCUGUCUUCAGGAUGAUUCUCGCGCCUCAGAGUUUAUCUCUAAAACCUUCGAUCAAAGCGUUUGUGUUUGCUGAGCUCAUGAUUUGCUUCCUGCUCCUGGGAUUCACCUGCACAGGUGAGUCUCUGGAGGCGACGCGGCCUCGGCUGGUUGCAGCCAUGGAAGGUGAUGAUGUGGUUUUGCCGUGUCACCUGGGCGUCACUGUGGACCCCGAUGAGCUGGUGGUGGAGUGGGGGAGAAUGGACCUGAACCCCAGAUUUGUGUUCAUGUGGUUUGAAGGGAGUGAAAAUAUCAAUGAAAAAAACGCGGCGUACAAGGGAAGAACGUCUGUGUUCACAGACAGACUGAAAGACGGAGACGUUUCGUUGAGACUGACGGCGGUGAAACACUCUGACAACGGGAGAUUCAGAUGCUACAACCCAAAAGAGAUCCAACAAUAUUAUGUUGACCUGAUUGUUGGCUCCGUUUCCUCACCUGCGGUCAGUUUAUCUGGACUGGAUGUGAGCAGCAGUGGAGUGAUGCUGGACUGCAGUGCUGCAGGCUGGUAUCCAGAACCUGAGCUGCUCUGGCUGGACGCAGACGGAAACAUCAUGUCUGCUGGACCUGCAGAGAAAAGCUCCGAUCCUGAUGGCGUUUACACCGUUAGCAGCAGAGUGACUGUAGAGAAGAGAAACUACAACAACUUUACCUGCAGAGUCCAGCAGAGAGACAUCAACCAGAGCAGAGAGACACACAUUCAUGUUCCAGAUGGUUUCUUCGUUUCUCAGCCUGACUGCAGUGUUUCUAUCGGCUCCAUUGUGAUUCUGGUUUUCACACUUUUUAUUGGAGCUGCUGGUUUUAUAUGGAAAUGGAGACAAACUGAAAACUCAAAGAAGAAACUGAAAGGGGAAAUGAGUGAUGAGAAAAAGCAGCUCAUGAAAAAAGAAAAAGAUAAAUUGUCUGAGAAGAAAUCAAAGCUUGAGGAGGAGAUAAAAUACAGAAAUGAGGAUCAGAGAAUUAUUGAUCAGCUGAUUGAAUUAUUAAUGAUGAUGUCAGAGGAUCUGAAGAAUCAGAGAAAAACAAUCAAUGAUCAAAGAGAGAAGACAGAGAAAAUGAUUGAUGAGGAUGAGAAGAAGUUUAACAAAGUUAUUGAUGAAGAGAGAAACCAGACGGGGAACAAGAUGGAGUAUAAAGCAGAAGGAUAUUUAAAACUGAAGGAAAUGAUGACAGAGAUCCUGGAUAAACUGGAUAAGAGCAAGAAAGAUCAUCAACAAGUGGAACUGAUGACAGAGAAACUAAUUGAUAAAACAUCUAAAGAUGUUGAUAAGCUGAAGGAGAUGAAACAGAAAAUAGAGAAAAAUGUACAGGAAAUAAAAAAACAACUUGAAGAAAUGAAGACAUGAAUGUGAUGAAAACAUGAAUGUGAUUUAACUGCAGAGACAGAAACAGAUCAACUUCAGUUGAUUUUACACGAUGUGAGGAAAUAAAAUGAUCAGGUUUCAGUUAUUAGACUCAGGAAAUGUUUUCAUGAUUCAGGGCAAAAAAACAUUUUGUAGAAAUAAAGCAGCAGAAAUGUUUGCUACACUCUGCAUGGAGAAAAGUUUAACUCAGUCAUUUGAUUUUUACAUGUAUUAAUUUUUAAAUGGAUGUGAAUCAAUAAAUUAACUGCAAAUAUUAACAUUGUAACUGUAAUGUAAAUAUCUGAAUUCAGUCUGUUUUUCAUGCUAUCAGUAUC